UUCUUUUUUAGGCAUGUCCUCUCAGGUCGCUUUUUACAGAAAUACUGUCUACUGGUACACCAUUGAUUUUGCACAAUGGUUUAGUGGAUCUCGCCUUCAUCUAUCAUCACUUCUAUUCGCCUAUUCCCGAUAGUUACGGUGAAUUUUGCAAUGCCCUUGCCGAUCUCUUUCCUCUUGAUUCUCCCGUUUGUGACACGAAAUAUUUGGCUGAAUAUCAGACGCGUAUGAGUGGCUCCUUUCUGGAAUAUGUUUUUCGGAAAUGGUAUGACUAUUUGAAACCCGACAGCAUGCUUGAAAAAGAGCGACUAGAAGAAGAGGAAAAAGAAUCUCGCAGAGGAAAGGUUUCUGUUGAGGAUGUGAAGAAAAGCAAACCAAGGAUAGCAAUAACUGGUUGUCAUCGUGCUGGUGUGGAUGCAUUUAUGACAGGAUAUGCAGCGUUGUUUCAAAGUCGUUUGAGUAUAUGUCGUGAUGGAAAAUUAGAUGAACAG